UUUUAAAAAAUAUUUUUUUAUGUCAGUUGUUUAUUUUGUCUGCUUUGUUGUUUAGUUAAUGAGAAGAUUGAUGAACUUCGAUUAUUAAAAUCAAGGGAACGUUUGGGCUUACGGGAUCUUUAUUAUUUUUUUCUGGUUCAAAGAGUUGCAGGGGAUCUGAUUUUUUUUUUUUUGUGGUUUGUCGUUAUGGGUUUUGUUUAUUGACAAGAAAUGAAAGGGAAAAAGAAAAACUAUGUAGUUAGUUGGUAAUUCUGGUUGUUCUUGUUGUUUUCUUGCAUUUUCAAGCCAAACAAGCAUAUGACAUCCGUGUUUUUCUUCUUCAUUUCAAUUUUCUGUGAGGCUCUUUGCUAGUUGUUGAGGAUUCGACAAUCAAAUCCACCUACUAGAAAGCUGCUGCCUGGCUACAGAGACGAUUUUCUUGUCAUUCAUCGUGAUUUGAUAAUCUUUGUAUGGAGACUUACACAAAAGAAUCGAAGAGCUGAAUUUUUGUUCUGUUUCCAUAAUGAAUUGAACAAGAAAAAAAAAACAGGCUGGGAAAACUGAUCUUUGGAUCUAAAAUUUCACAGCUCAUUUUGUUUUCUUGUUUUUAUGACUUUCACUGUUUUGACCCCGAGGAUUGGACCCUUUCCAAGAUAAAAAAGGGCAAAGCUAGUUGUGUUGAUUAGAUGUAUCGAGGUUCACUUUUAGGGGUAGCUGUCCUUUUUGCGGUCAAACAAUGGCUGUCUUCUCAAUCCAGUGCCUAAUUUAACCUGAAGGACUUAGUUUCUUGUUUUAAGUGACUAGAGGCUAGCUAGAUCUUGAAAUUUGCAGUCACCUGUGGAAUUUUCUUACAAAUUUCACAACAAGGUGAAACUAUGUUGGGUUUACUUUUUCAUUGGGUAGUGAGGAAUUCUGAGGGGUUAAUGUGAAUAAGUGAAAAGGGUCUUGUACUAGAUGCUGGUAUCUCUCUGUCUCUCUGCAGAUUAUCUGGAAUUGCAUAGUUAGCAAUGUCGGUACAUGUCCUAGAAGCCAGUAUGGUGGGGGCAGAUAAAUAAUGCAAAAAUUUUGUUUUGUUUGUGUCUUUUUAAGCUGUGUUAUCUUGGCUUCUACAAUGAUCAUUGGUUUUUAAGAUAGGCUUUUUUAGAGUUGAAUCUGUUAAGUGAGGCAAGUUUUGAAGAAAUUCUUGGUGCCAAAUGAGUCGAGAACAGAAGGGAAAACAGGAAAAAGGUGGCUCAAAUGUAGCUGAGAAAGUUGUGGUUGCUGUUAAGGCAUCCAAAGAAAUUCCCAAGACUGCACUUGUCUGGGCUUUGACUCAUGUUGUUCAACCUGGAGAUUGCAUUACGUUACUUGUUGUUGUUCCUUCACCUAGCUCAGGUAGAAGAUGGGGUUUCCCAAGAUUUGCUGGGGACUGCGCCAGUCGGAAGUCUCAAUUAGGAUCAAGUUCAGAGCAGAAAUCUGAUAUCACUGAUUCCUGCUCCCAAAUGAUCCUCCAACUUCAUGAUGUUUAUGAUCCAAACAAGAUUAAUGUCAAGAUAAAAAUUGUUUCUGGAUCGCCAUGUGGAGCGGUAGCUGCUGAGGCCAAGCGAGCCCUAGCUAGUUGGGUUGUAUUGGACAAGCAGCUUAAACAUGAGGAAAAACGGUGCAUAGAGGAGUUGCAAUGCAACAUUGUGGUUAUGAAGAAUUCACAGGCUAAAGUUCUCCGCUUAAAUUUGGUUGGGUCACCUGAGAAGGAAGCUGAAGCUUCUUCUCAAUUAAAUUCUGGGAGAGAUGAAGCUUCUGAAAAGUAUCCCCAAAACAAAGAUACAUCAUCUGGUUCUAUUAGAGGGCCAGUUGUCACUCCAACUAGUAGUCCAGAGCUCGGGACACCAUUUACUGCUACUGAAGCAGGAACUUCUUCAGUGUCAAGCUCUGAUCUGGGCACUUCUCCUUUUUUCAACUCAGCAGGGAAUGGAGACCUGAAGAAGGAUGAAUCAUUGGUCAUUAAAGAAAUUCAGGAUCUUGAUGAAUCUGGUUCAGACCCCGAGAGUGAAAAUUUAUCCUUAUCUUCAACAAGUUUAAGGUUCCAACCAUGGAUAACAGAGUAUCUUACUUCUCAGCAUCAAUCCUCACGACACCUGGAAGAAACUUCAGUUAGAGCUCAUGACGGGGUUCAAGCUUCAACAACAAAAGCCUUGCUGGAGAAAUUUUCGAAACUUGAUAGAGAAGCAGGCAUUGGAAUAUCAAGCUUUAGGAGUGAUUCUGAAUUUAGUGGAAAUGUGAGGGAAGCAGUUUCAUUAUCGAGAAAUGCCCCACCUGGCCCUCCUCCAUUGUGUUCAAUAUGUCAGCAUAAGGCCCCGGUAUUUGGGAAACCACCGAGGUGGUUUACCUAUGCUGAAUUGGAGCUUGCAACUGGUGGAUUUUCACAAGCUAAUUUCUUGGCUGAGGGUGGGUUUGGAUCCGUUCAUAGAGGACUUCUCCCAGAUGGUCAGGCAAUUGCAGUGAAGCAACACAAAUUGGCUAGUUCUCAAGGAGAUCUUGAGUUUUGCUCAGAGGUGGAAGUCCUGAGCUGUGCUCAGCACAGGAAUGUUGUUAUGCUGAUUGGGUUCUGUAUUGAGGAUAGAAGGCGACUGCUGGUUUAUGAGUACAUAUGCAAUGGAUCCCUAGAUUCUCAUCUAUAUGGGCGUCAUCGGGAACCUUUAGAAUGGUCUGCACGGCAAAAGAUUGCAGUAGGAGCUGCUAGAGGUCUGAGAUACCUUCAUGAAGAAUGCAGAGUUGGCUGCAUUGUGCACCGUGACAUGCGGCCGAACAACAUUCUCAUCACCCAUGAUUUUGAACCUUUGGUUGGUGAUUUUGGCCUUGCAAGAUGGCAGCCUGAUGGUGAUACUGGUGUGGAAACAAGAGUGAUUGGAACAUUCGGGUAUUUGGCACCAGAGUAUGCUCAAAGUGGACAAAUCACAGAAAAGGCAGAUGUCUAUUCCUUCGGAGUGGUGUUAAUUGAACUGGUUACUGGACGGAAAGCUGUGGACCUUAAUAGGCCAAAGGGCCAACAAUGUCUAACCGAAUGGGCACGCCCACUUUUGGAAGAAUACGCCAUAGAUGAACUGGUGGACCCCAGAUUGGAAGAUCGCUAUUCCGAACAUGAGGUAUAUUGCAUGCUUCAUGCUGCAUCAUUAUGCGUAAGGCGAGAUCCUCAGUCUAGGCCGCGCAUGUCACAGGUGCUCCGCAUACUGGAAGGUGAUGUGCUCAUGAACACCAAUUACACGUCGCCAGGGUAUGAUGUUGGUAACCGUAGUGGCCGGUUCUGGGCAGAGCAACAACGGAGCUACAGUGGACCGCUCACGAGUGAUUCAUUAGAUGAGUUCAGUGGAAAGCUCUCCCUCGACGGAGCAAGGCCAAGAACAAGGAGGACUUCAUGCGAAGAUCAUUUGUAAAAGGCUCAUUUACCAGGUUUAUUUGCGCGCAUGGUGCGCUAUAUUUUGUUUUGUAUUGUUUUCCUUCAUUGCCAGGUUAGAUUCUGCUUCUGUAUAGUAAGUAGGAGUAUUGGAAGCAAGGUUUCAAUUAGGGUUUUUGUAAUUCUUUUUGGAAUGGCCAGUUUCAAAAGCUAUGGUGAAUAUGCCUCUGCUAAUUAAAUCAAUCAAUCAGCUUUGAGAGAUUUGGUUC